AUGUUAGAUGGUACUAUCUCUCAGACUGGUCGCAUUUGGCACCAGGUUCACCUCACCGUCUCGGCCAAUGGCCAUACCCACUCCAUCCCAUUUCUUGUUUGCCCCAUUGGCAACACCCUGGCAAUCCUAGGCAUGACAUGGCUAACGGCAGAAGCUCCUCUUAUUGAUUGGCAACAGGGACUAGUCACAUUCCCUGAACAAGUUCAGAUUGCCUCCGAGGAGGAAGCGGACUCAGACCCUCUAGCAGACCUCCCCCCUCAAUACCAUGAGUUUGCUAAGGUUUUUGGCAAAGAAGAAUUUAAGGUCCUCCCUCCACAUAGGGAGUAUGAUAUCUCUAUUGACCUUGUCCCAGAUGCCAAACUGUCUCCUGGCCCCAUAUACGGCAUGACCGACGCAGAAUCAAAGGCACUAAAACAGCAUAUCGAUGAGGAAUUAGCAACGGGCAAGAUCCGCCCUAGUACCUCCUCAGCAGGCGCCCCGGUCAUGUUUGUAAAAAAGGCUGAUGGGUCUCUCCGACUAGUCGUUGAUUACAGGAAGUUGAACAAUGUAACCCACAAGAAUGUCUACCCCCUUCCAAGACAGGACAACCUCAUGGCCAAAUUACGUCACGCCAAAAUCUUUACCAAGUUGGACUUACGUUGGGGUUACAACAACGUACGCAUCAAGGAAGGAGAUGAAUGGAAGACGGCCUUUAGAACCAAAUACGGCCUCUUUGAAUACCUAGUCAUGCCAUUUGGCCUCACCAAUGCCCCUGCAGCGUUUCAACAUUUUAUGAACGACCUAUUCAGGGACCUGAUUGACGUAACCGUGGUAAUUUACCUAGACAACAUCCUCAUCUUCUCGGAGAAACCAGAAGACCACCCGAUCCAUGUUAGAGAGGUACUAUCCCGCCUUAUGAAGAACCAACUAUUCUGCAAGCUGUCGAAAUGCCACUUCCACGUGACCACCGUAGAUUACCUUGGUAUUGUCAUCUCCCCGGAUGGAUUCUCAAUGGACCAGAAGAAGAUCAAGGCUGUCACCACUUGGCCCACGCCCAGAACGGUUAAACAGGUCCAGGCCUUCCUAGGAUUCGUGAAUUACCUCAGACGCUUCAUCCCCAAUUUCAGCUUGGUUGCACGCCCCCUCCAUAACCUCACCAAAAAGGAAACCCCUUGGUCAUGGGGUAACCUAGAGGAGGUAGCGUUCCAAGAGUUGAAGUCCCUUGUUACCCGGUCGCCCGUCCUCAUUCAUUCAAACCCGGACCUCCCUUACUACCUUGAAACGGACGCAUUGGGAGUAGCCAUGGGAGCCAUACUCAGUCAACGAGGCCCAGAUAAUCGGUUGCACCCCAUUGCCUACAUGUCAAAAUCCUUCUUGGGAGCCGAAGCAAAUUACGACACCCAUGACAAAGAGCUUCUGGCAAUUAUCAAGGCAUUAGAGGAAUGGCAAAUUUUCCUAGAAGCAACAGACAGGCCAAUACAGGUUUUCACAGAUCAUAGAAACCUAGAAUAUUGGAUGCAGGCUAGGACUUUCAAUCGCAGGCACGCUAGGUGGCGCAUAUUCCUGAGUGACUACAACUUCAAAAUCCACUACCAACCAGGGAAACAAUCGGGGAAACCAGAUGCACUAUCCAGACGUUCAGACUAUGUUGAUCUCCCCUCUGAACCAGAAGUUAUGCUCCCAACAGAAGUCUUCGCCAAUACGUCAGAAGAAGAACUGGAAAUUGUCACGGAAAUACGCUCCAAGUUAAGAGAAGACCCCUCCUUAGAACCAAUCAUUCAGUUCCUAACAGAGGACGCUGACAACGCGCCACCAUCCAUUUGGAAGGCUUAUUGA